AUGUCUUCAUCAUCACAACCGGUUCCUCCAUUGAGGAUUCAAAAGGGUACCAGUUCUUCUGGAUCGCCGGUCAAAAAUUCUACACCGCGACCUCUCUCAGAAUUAGGCCCAACAGCUCAAAGACGAAACUCUCCAAGUUUUAAUCAGGCCACAAAGAUGGCUCUCAAUGCGGAUUCGUCUCCAUUCCAGUCCUCCCCGUUCACUUCUGCCGAAGGCUCCUCUCCACAUCUCUUCUGGCAGAAUCGUGACCCAGGUACGCCAAAUCGCAUCAGUACGGAAAAUUUAUACAAAGAUUCUUCGAUAUCACCAACAAGAAAGUCGUCCAUCGAACGUUUACAGCGCGCGUCGCGGGUUAAGAACAGCACCAUGUACGCAAGGGAGCAAAAACUCGAAUACGAUCCGAUGUCAAUACCUGUUGUUGAGAGACCAUUGGCGAAGAAUAUACAGGGCAAUGCUUAUGGAGGAAAGGGUUUAGAAGGGCUCAGAUCAUCAGAACAAAAUCGACCAUAUAGCCACGCGAGGACAGAUAGUAAAAGCAGUCUCUCGCUGGCAAGUCCACCUCCGAUGAGCCCUACCAGAGAGCCUUUAAAGAUGGCAACAACCAAUGGUGCAAGAUCGCCCAGCAAAGAUCAGAUUUCACCUACAAAAUCAUCCAUGGCAACUAGUCGAUUUACUGGAAAGGCCCUUUACGAUCCGGAACACAAUGCCUUUGGCGACGAAGAUUCAGGCGACGACCGAGAGCUUCCACCUGGACGAGCUUUGCACAGACACGCGAAGAGUGUUACUUUUGAUGUAGCUCCUCCACAAAUCAACGAGUACGAAUUGGCGACACCGGAUAUAUCAUCUAUUGGAACAGGUUCUCGUGAGAAUAGUUACGACUCUGAGGAGGAGGAGGAGGAUGAUGAAGAUCUUUACUACCAUGGCGAUGGUCUUGACCAAGAUGAUAGUUUUGAUGCUUCUCUUGAGGAUUUAGAAAAGACACCAGUAGUCGGACCGGAUGAUUGGAGGCAUUCUAGUCCUGGAAAUGCUUAUGGCACAGUUUCUGGUUACUACGAUGAUCCAUUCGAAGGUCCAGAGGGUAGUCCUAUGCCCGAUACUCGUCCAUCCUCUUCCUCCGGACGUCCUAAUGCGACUCGCAAUGAUUCAAUGACCUCGAAUGGCGAACAUCGACCACUGCCACCACUACCCGGCAUGGCUGGUGCUGAUCGAAGGGGUUCAGCGUCUUCUGGAAUUGAGCGUGGAGCGACAAACUCACCCAGAAAUCUUCCUACUCCACCCCCUCCAGCCUCUAUCAGUAAAGCAGAUCUGCAGGGAAUGAACGGAAAUAAGAUGACUUUGGAGGAGAGGUUGCAUCUGAUGAUGAUCCAGGACGAUGACAGGCCAAAGUCUUCCGAAGGUAGACCCAAAUCUGCUGAGAGAGACGAGCAGCGCGAACGUCGCAUGCGUCGGGCAGGAGCACGUAAGAGUCAGACACCUGAACGAGAGGCUCAACCAAUCAAGAUUCACGAAGAUAAAGAAGACCAAGAAGAUCAUGAAGACGAAGAUACAUUAGAUGAUCUCCCAGGAUUGGGUUCUUAUCAAUUACCACCUCGCAUAUCAAGGGAAUCGAUAUUGAGAAAAGUCAAUGGCCAAGAACCGUUCGCUCGAGAGUCAGAUUACAAUUUGGACUCGCCUCUACCUAGCUCAAGCCCCGAACGUCCCAGCAUCGCUCAAUUGGCGGAACUUGACCCUGACACUCCUAUUCCAUCUACGGAGGAUUCAUUUGUCGAGACUAUGGAUAAAAUUGCAGAAGAAGAAAAUGGCGUUUUGAUCAAGUCGGAAGUCGACGAUGAUGAAGAAGUUGAUAUGUAUUCCAUCCCUGAUAUGUAUCAACGUACCGAGUCAGGAAUGGAGAGUCAUCAGGAUGAGAGUGACAUCGGAACAGUGGAGGAUGAUGAUGUGGAGAGCCAUUAUUCGGAUGAAAUAUCAUCUGAAAUGCCACUUCAUGAAAGCCCACAAUUUCAAUCGAAUAGCGUUCCAGAGGAUGAUGGUCCACCAACUCCACGAAACAUCAGUCCUGCCAGCAUAUCAAUGGAUGAUGCGAAGGAGAACCGAAGGAUCUCUCUACCCGAGUUUUCAGGACUUCUUACCGAUACCACAGACUUUGGUCUCAGUCUGAGGUCAUACAUGACACCAUCUCCUCCACCUCAAGAGGAGAAAGACGAGAUAAAGGUGUCUAAGAUGUCAGAGGCACAUGAGUAUCUUCAGGGAUCCGAAACACCAGAGGCGGACGAGCAGGUGGCACACCAGACUCCGAUUUAUGAGCUCGAAGAUAGUGAAGAAGAUACCGAGGAAGAUACCGAGGAUGAAACCGAGGAUGAAACCGAUGAAGAUACCCCAGAGCCCCGGGAGACAGUCACCGAACCUCAAGAGGAAAGUACUGCGUCGCCACCACUCAAGAAGAUGAUUUCACGUCCAGAAUAUGAUGGAUCUGAAUGGGGCCCACAGGAAGAUGAAGAUGAAGAUGAAGAUGAAGAUGACGAUGACGAUGACGAAAUCUCUGAUUCGGACUCUGUAAUCCGACAUCCUGUUAACGUCCCAAUUGAUCAUCCAUUCAGAGCAUCAAUUGAUCAACCAUUUAGAUCGUCAAUUGAUCAGCCAUUUAAGUCAUCAAUUGAUCAACCAUUUCAUCACCCAUUCGUUGACCCUCCCAAAAUAUCUCCUACACCACCACCACCCUCCGACUCUCCUGGUAUUCCCGAAACAAUGGCUACUAUCAAGGCUCGUAGUGGUUCAAAACUCAAGACAAGGCCAUCUGUAACACCUUCCGACGUUGCAGCCAUGCGCGAAGUUCGACGUCAAGUCAGCGGUGCUGGUCCCGUUAUUCCUCCAAUCCCUGUACGACACCACAAUCGUCCCUCAUUAGACGGAGAGCAAGACCCUGAGGACGAUGAUACGGAGGAAGGAACGUUACAACGACUUCCCAGCUUCAAGAAGCGGAGUCUUACACUCGAUAUCGGCGGUGAUCUUGGACUUAACUUAGAGUCGGAUUUCGACCGAGUCAUUGAGUCUUCAAAGGUAGCAUUUGAUUUAUCUUCUACACAUCCGACUUUCUUUACUGGUGAACCUGGACAAGCGUCCGAAAUGGAAGAUCUUGCACAAUUGAGUGAUCAUGCUAACAAAAGUCCACGACAGCGAGGAUAUUUGAUGAGACAAAACACCAAGGUAGUCGUUGCAAGCAGCGAUGAAAGAGAGCAUCGAGGUCCCAAGUCGGCCGGGAACUCACCUACAAAGAUAGAUAAUCGACCACAGUCAUGGGUUGUUGAGCCAUGGAACGGUUCUCGUAAGAGCAGCGCUCGACCUGUCAGUCCCCGCAAGAAGCCUCCGACUGGUCCAGUCCCCCCAAUGCCUGGCCAUGAAAGUAAUGCCGCCACCGGCUUAGGCAUAUUAACAGAAGGUCGAGUUGCAGAACCUGUCUCGGAUGAAGGUAGUGAACGGGGAAGAUUGUUUGUAAAGGUUAUUGGAGUAAAGGACUUAGAUUUACCCCUACCUAAGAAUGAACGAUCAUGGUUUAGCUUAACCUUAGAUAACGGUGUACACUGUGUUACUACAGCAUGGUUGGAAUUAGGAAGAAACGCACCUAUUGGUCAAGAAUUUGAGCUUGUUGUACCGAAUGAGCUUGAGUUUCAACUGACGUUAAACGCCAAGCUUGAGAAGCCAGCACCGCCUAAGCGUGUACAGACCUCUCCAGUAAAAGCAACCAAGCCAUCGAAGCCUUCUACAUUCAGCCGAGUGUUCGCCUCGCCAAAAAAGAGAAAGGAGCUUGAGAUGAGACAAAAGGAAGAGGAGCAACGAAUCGCACAACAAAAACAACAAGAUGCCCAAGCCAUGAAGAACUCAUCACAACCAACUGCAUGGGAUCUUCUUUCACCGCUCGCUGCUGCAGAUGGUAGCUUUGGCCGUUCUUACGUCUGUCUAAAGGAUCAUGAAACUCGUUGCUUCGGACGACCUUAUAACGUCGACGUGGCUGCUUUUAACGAAUGGGCAACUGAGGAGACCAACCAUUCAUCAAGUGUCAUGAGCAAACGUAGCGUUCCUCCCCCAAUCCGAAAGCGCGCUCCUUAUACUGUCGGAAAGUUACAACUACAACUUCUUUUCGUCCCCAAGCCAAAAGGAGCUAGUGAUGAAGAUAUGCCUAAGAGUAUGAAUGCUUGCAUCCGCGAGAUGAAGGAAGCCGAACUUGAGGUAGCUAGACAAUUUGAGGGUCACCUGAGUCAACAAGGUGGUGACUGUCCUUUCUGGCGUCGUCGUUUUUUCAGACUGGCAGGAAGUAAACUUACAGCUUACCACGAAUCGACUCGACAACCUCGUGUCACAAUUAAUCUCGCCAAUGCCAACAGAUUAAUUGAUGAUCGUAGAGCACUCACACAGAAGGAAACCACGGCUAAAGCAGGGAAGCGUCGCAAGUCCGGGUUUGCUGAAGAUGAAGAAGGUUACAUGUUUGUUGAAGAAGGAUUCCGAAUUCGAUUCAACAAUGGUGAAGUCAUUGAUUUCUACGCAGACUCACCAGCUGACAAAGAAGCAUGGAUGUCUGUUCUUGAUCCUUGUGUAGGAAAAGAACGCGCAGGUGGUAAAGGUGGUUGGUGCGAGAUGGUUCUAAAGCGGGAAGAACAUAUGAUGAGGAAAGCUUCCGGGACUUCGGGCAAAGGUCGAUCACAUUCGAGAGUCAAGAGCACCAUCUUUUGA